AUGGUGAGUGAAAGUCGUCACGAGGCGCUGGCCGCACCACCAGCCACCACCAUUUCAGCUUCACUGCCAAUUAAUGUCACAGAACCAGCCAGUCCUGGAGCAGGAGGUGGAAAAGAAGAUGCAUUUUCAAAGUUAAAGGAGAAGUUUAUGAAUGAACUGAAUAAAAUUCCAUUGCCACCUUGGGCCUUAAUAGCCAUAGCCAUAGUUGCAGUCCUAUUAAUCCUUACCUGCUGCUUUUGUCUCUGUAAGAAAUGCUUGUUCAAAAAGAAGAACAAGAAGAAGGGAAAGGAAAAGGGAGGGAAGAAUGCUAUUAACAUGAAAGAUGUUAAAGAUUUAGGGAAGACCAUGAAAGACCAGGCCCUUAAGGAUGAUGAUGCUGAGACUGGGCUGACUGACGGGGAAGAUAAAGAAGAACCCAAAGAAGAGGAAAAAUUAGGGAAAAUCCAAUACUCUUUGGAUUAUGACUUCCAGAACAAUCAGCUUUUGGUAGGGAUUAUUCAGGCAGCUGAGCUGCCUGCUUUAGAUAUGGGCGGAACAUCUGAUCCCUAUGUGAAAGUUUUCCUGCUGCCUGAUAAGAAGAAGAAAUAUGAAACAAAAGUCCACAGAAAGACCCUUAACCCUGUCUUCAAUGAGCAAUUUACGUUCAAGGUGCCGUACUCUGAACUGGGUGGAAAAACCUUAGUGAUGGCAGUAUACGACUUCGAUCGUUUCUCCAAACAUGAUAUCAUUGGGGAAUAUAAGGUGGCCAUGAACACAGUGGACUUUGGUCAUGUGACUGAGGAGUGGCGGGAUUUGCAAAGUGCUGAGAAGGAAGAGCAAGAGAAGUUGGGUGAUAUCUGCUUUUCCCUUCGCUAUGUGCCUACUGCUGGCAAGCUGACGGUCGUCAUUCUAGAGGCGAAGAAUCUGAAGAAGAUGGACGUGGGUGGCUUAUCAGAUCCCUAUGUGAAAAUCCAUCUGAUGCAGAAUGGUAAGAGACUGAAGAAGAAAAAGACAACAAUUAAAAAGAACACUCUGAACCCCUACUACAAUGAAUCAUUCAGCUUUGAGGUACCCUUCGAGCAAAUUCAGAAAGUGCAAGUUGUUGUGACUGUUUUGGACUAUGACAAGAUUGGCAAGAACGAUGCUAUCGGGAAAGUCUUUGUGGGCUACAACAGCACUGGUGCAGAGCUACGACACUGGUCAGACAUGCUGGCCAACCCAAGGCGACCCAUUGCACAGUGGCACACCUUACAGGUUGAGGAAGAGGUAGACGCCAUGCUUGCAGUCAAGAAGUAA